AUGUCUCAUAUUUUCAACGAAGAAAUUCUCCUCUUUAUUUCCGAGCAAAACCUGCUCACAAAAGAGGUUAUGGGAUUGUUAGAUAACCCUCCUCUUAGAUUAGCUCUUCCUAUUCAGGAAUUGGUGGAUCCAACUCCGCGUUCACGAAAACAAUUGAGAAGUAAACGCAUUCCACGCUGCAGUAACGCGUGGAUCAUGUACAGGCGUAAUCUAAACGCCAUAAAAAAUGAAGAGAAAGGAUCGGCACCUCGCACCAAGCAGACGUUGCAAGCCUAUUCAAAAGAGGCCAAACGCCUGUGGGAAAACGAGGGACCCACAGUUAAGAGAUUUUUUGAGGUCCUUUCGGAGCUUGCGCGGCAGGUUCAUAAACGCAAGUAUCCCGAUUACAAAUACACGCCCAGGGAGAAGAAGGGCAAGACGGCGAAACCUAAAGAUGAAGGCCCUGGGUAUGUAUUUUUUGAUGGAGUGAAGGAGUGGAGGGAGCCGAUCGAGGUGGAAGAAGAUCAUGGAGAAGACAUAGACGCGUCACCGCCCGAUGUUCAAUUGCCGGUAACACCAGUAAUAGGGACGGGACAUCGACAAUCUCUUUAUUCACCGCCAGGAGCAGAAUCGUGGGAAAUGGAAUUGCAGUCAGAUUCGUUCGAAGAUUUAUCGUUUGAGGAUUUAUCGUUUGAGGAUUUAUCGUUUGAGGAUUUAUCGUUUGAGGAUUUAUCGUUUGAGGAUUGA